CUCCCUGCACUGGAACUUGCAUUAGCUGGGCUGCUUCACCUCGAGUGGGCUGCUGGGGAGCCCUGCGUUUCAGUUGUUUGAUCCUCCCAACAUCCUGGCCCGACACCAUGGGAGUGACUUGUGUGUCCCAGAUGCCCGUGGCCGAGGGCAAGAGUGUCCAGCAGACCGUGGAGCUCCUCACCCGGAAAUUGGAGAUGCUUGGAGCAGAGAAGCAAGGAACAUUUUGUGUGGACUGUGAGACCUACCACACGGCUGCCUCUACCCUUGGCAGCCAAGGUCAGGCCGGGAAGCUGAUGUAUGUGAUGCACAAUUCCGAGUACCCUUUGAGCUGCUUCGCCCUCUUUGAGAAUGGCCCUUGCCUUGUUGCCGACACCAACUUUGAUGUGCUCAUGGUGAAGCUCAAGGGCUUCUUCCAGAGUGCCAAGGCCAGCAAGAUUGAGACCCGGGGCACCCGCUACCAGUACUGUGACUUCCUAGUGAAGGUGGGCACGGUUACAAUGGGGCCCAGUGCCCGAGGCAUCUCCGUGGAGGUGGAAUAUGGCCCCUGUGUGGUAGCUAGCGACUGCUGGAGCCUGCUGCUUGAGUUCCUGCAGAGCUUUCUAGGCAGCCACACCCCAGGGGCUCCCGCUGUGUUUGGGAACAGGCAUGAUGCCGUCUACAGCCCAGCAGACACCAUGGUCCAGUACAUGGAACUCUUCAACAAGAUCCGCAAGCAGCAGCAGGCUCAUUCUCGAACAUCAGCGCUUGAUUACUGACGAGUGAUGGCCAACCUCGCAAGGCCCCGGUGCACCCAACGCAUCAGCGUACCAUCGCCUGUGGCCAAGAGCCGCUGCUUAAGUGGCCGUUCCGCUCUCGGGUUUAAGAGCUCAAGAACACAUUUGGUUAGAGCUUCCAACCUCGUCCUAGAGAAUUUAGCCUCUGCAGGAGUCUUUGAGGGACGGACGCUCUGACCUACAGGUUAUCCGUCACCCAUCCACCCACCCACGCCCACAUUCAGGGAGAAUGGAAACGAAGGGGAACAAGGGAAAGUGCAGCAGCUGUGAGGACCCUCCACCCCUUCAGCCAUCUUCCCCGCCCCCCACCGCCAC